AUGAAUUCCUAUCUCUACAUCCCUUGGCGCUCAUGCCAUUCUGUCGAAUCCAAGCGUGCUUGGGUUAAAGGCGAAUUGAUUCGCUACGUCAGAAUUUCUUCAAGAGAGGAGGAUUUCUUGAAGAUUCGUGGGCUAUUCAUAAAGCGUCUUCGCAUGCGUGGAUAUCCAGGGAGGUGA